AUGUCUCAAUAUGUCUAAGCUUCAAUUUAAUACUCUUUUCCUAAAGAUAAAAGAUUUAAAAGACUACAUACUCCUUGUUCAACAGACUAUUAUGAACCAAAUUAUUUUAGGAGUACCAGAGCCUCAGGAUUUGGAUAUGGCAAUAAGUUUGAUUUCACUAAAGUCUAAUCUUAUACUGAAAGUUACUAUGAUCCUACUAGUUCAUUUUCAAAUAAUAAAGGUGCAUCCUUUGGACUUAGUAGAAACAUGGUAAAAAACAGAUCUUAUUUGCAAAAUAAUAAUGUUCCAGGUCCAGGAUCAUAUUAUCAUAGUCCACAUAAAACUACUAGUUAUUCAAUUGGAUAGAAAGUUGAUGUUUAUCAUAAUAUAACAGAAAUACCUGGUCCUGGUGCAUAUGAUCCCAAUAUUCAUAAGAACAGAAGUAUUUCUAUUAACAAAGGUCCUGAUAGAUUCUCAACUGAAUCUACAUUUGUUCCAGGGCCUGGAGAAUACAAUACAUAACUUUUACAAACAAAAACGAAAUGUAGAUUUGGUAGUGCCAAAAGAAAGUGUUUUAUUGAUGAUGCUGUUAGAGCAGCUAAAAAGAGUGGAGGUAUUAAUAAAUCUAUAUAACUUUAAUAGUUCCUGGACCAGGUAACUAUGCAUCUAUUACAUAAUUUGUACAAUUAGAUAAAUAAAAGAGCAGACCAUCUACUGCAAAACAUUGA